CGCGAAUUGGCGUUCCCAAGUUUUCUUUUCUUUGCCGACAAGCGCCUGAUGAACCACACCAUAAAAACUUUAAAAGUUCGCGAUCUGGAUGAGUGUGAGUUGAGGUGUUACUACGAGCACAAUUGUGUCAGCCUUAAUUUUGAAAACAAAAUGGUUGGAAAUGGAAAAUACAGCUGUGAAUUGAACAAUUCUACACACGGAGAACACGAUGAAGACUUUGUGGAGGCACCAAAUUUCCUUUACCGCGGAACAAACGUAAGAUCAUUAAAUUUUAACGUUAUCCAGUCUCCGAGCCUAUUAAUACCAUAUGGAGCUCACCCUUUGGGCUUGACUGUGUUACAAUAUUUUGCAAAGAUCAAAAAUUAAGGAGAUAGUUUCUGUUUGUGAUAACUGCACGGGAUCAUGUGAAUAUUAUGGAAUUUGACGCGCUGAGGGCCGGGUACGUCAUUUAUGAUGGCAGCCGAGUUGGCCGUCAUAUUGGAUGUCAUUGAAAAUUCAGGUUUAUCCCAAUGGAGUAAACGCAAACCAUCUUUCUUUUGAACCCCCCAACUAAAUCUGACAACUACACUAGGUCUCUUCCUUUCGCCAUUAAACACCUUAAAACAACAUCCCUUUAUGUAUGUAAGACGGGCUAAUCCCUAAACCCGACGCUUAGAGUUGGGCUCGGACUGACAAUCUUUACUCACUUUCCUUGAAUCAUGAUAAGGCGGACACCUCUAGCAAAGGUUUAGAAAGGCUCAGAAGCAUAAAGCAAUAUCUCUUUUCCAUAAUGUUUUCCCCAGAAUCCUUGUGGUAGUUCUCCAUGCAAAAAUAACGGGACUUGUCAAUCAGGAUUUACCAAGAAAGGAUAUCACUGCUUGUGUCGAGGCUGGACAGGUGCAAACUGCCAAAUGGGUAGGUCUGAAAAGUGGACUUAA